GGAGGAGGCGAACAAGAGGCGGGUGUAUGGAAAACCUGUUCAGGCUUUUCUGCAUAUCACAAUAUCAUUUUAGGCCCAAACUUUCCCAUGUUGCAAUCUUCUAAAGGUUGGGUAGGUUGUCUACUGCUUCCCUCGAGCCAGAUAUUACUGGGGUAGCCAGCCUGACACAGAAAAGGCUGCCAGUGCUGGUCAAGACUCAACCUAUAGGAACUCUGCUGUACUGAUUAGUCCAGAGGUCCAUCUGGUCUCUGAGGGUGGCAAGGACCAAAUGCUUCAGGGUAUAGCGCAAAACAGCCCAUAGCAGACAACUGGUCUCUAAGUGCCUAUAGGGGCCCGGCCCCGAGCUGCCCGCGCCCCUCCAGCAUGGAGCUGCUGGGUGCCAACCUGUCCGCGCUGCCCCGCCCGCAGGAGUACGAUUUCGAGCGGCACUUCGACGAGCUGCAGGCGAUCCAGUGGAUGCGGGAGAACUGGCGUAAAUCUUUCUCGUUCGCCUUGGCUUACAUGCUGCUGAUCUUCGGAGGCCAGCAUGUCAUGAAGCAGCGGAGAGGGUACAACCUGCGCAAGCCACUGGUCCUGUGGUCGCUCAGCCUGGCCUUGUUCAGUAUCAUCGGCACCCUGAGGACGUGGGGAUACAUGGGAUUCGUCCUCUCCACCAGUGGAUUUAAGCGAUCUGUAUGUGAUCCAGGCUUCUAUAAUGGCCCUGUCAGCAAGUUCUGGGCAUAUAUGUUUGUCCAAAGCAAAGUACCAGAAUUGGGUGACACGGUGUUCAUCAUUCUCCGGAAGCAGCGGCUCAUCUUCCUGCACUGGUACCACCAUGUCACGGUGCUGCUCUACGCCUGGUACGCCUAUAAGGACAUGGUAGCUGGUGGCGGCUGGUUCAUGACCAUGAAUUACAGUGUCCACGCCUUCAUGUACUCCUACUACACAGUGCGGGCGGCAGGCUUGAGGGUGCCACGCCCGUUUGCCAUGGUGAUCACCUUUAUCCAGAUCCUGCAGAUGGUGAUGGGCACAGCAGUGAGCAUCAUGGCAUACUCCUGGAUGCAGGAUGGCAUCUGCUCCACCUCCUGGGAACAGAUCUUCUGGUCAUCCAUAAUGUAUCUCAGCUACCUAGUGCUCUUCUGCCACUUCUUCCACGAGGCGUACCUUAAGGGAAGGGGCAAAACAAAAGGGGACUAAAACUGGGGAAGGGGUGCAGCUGGGAGUUCCUGGGACUCAUACUCCCUAGGCUGUUGGCGCUCCGGCACGUUACAGGCCUGGUGUGAUGAUUUGGAGGUCGGGGGGGAGGAGAAACUGCUUGCUACCAGAACUUCAGCUGCUGGACCUGUGAAGAGGCAUUGGUAUCUGCCUUGGAGGAGGCUUCUCCCUGGGCGUUCCAGCCAAAGGCUGAGUGCUGUUUGCUCUGCCAUCUUUGGAGGGACGGGGGAAGAGAAUCGGAGAGGCUGUGAAUGCCAGAGAGAGGGUUGGAAGAGUGUCAAGAACCCAUUACUGAAUUUCAGGUUCUCCCUUUUCUAUCCCGCCAACCUGUCUCUCCUCCGCCCCCCAGGGUUGUGUUGUGUGUCUGUGGCACAGAUCUAAUCUUCCCUUCAGUUCUUAAAGGCCACACUUUCCUAAGGGCGAGGAGUGUCUGCUCCCUGGCAUGAGCAUCACACACAAGGGAUGGUUGCAUGCCUGUUGCACAAUGGCUGGCCAUGCUAGUUCUGCAGGAGAGGGUUGGGAGCCCAAGAUUGAGUGCUGUUGCCAACUAGAGGAAGAUCCUUGAAUUCAACUGCUCACUGGAGCAGGGGGUGGGGCAGGAGAUGGCAAUGGAGGCUGCUUUGAAUGGGAAAACACUCUAGUUUUCUCAAGUACCUAAAUGUUUCUCCUGCAAGGAACUGGUGGGUGGAGGAGGGGAGGUGCUAGUAACAACUAGGAAGCCAUGGUUGUCCUGAUUGGCUUAGAGUCCCGAGGGCUUGAACUAAGGGGUUGAAAGCUCACAGGUACUGACCUUAUAUUAAGGGUUCUCCUGCUCCCCCAAGCUAGCUGACUUGACUUGGCAUUUCUUUUUUCUCUUGGAUGACAAGAAUCCUCCUCUUUUUCUGGGUUUGAACGGUGAACACCAACUGGGGAAGAGGAGAAAGGGACAGUCCCCAGCUGAUCCAGUACAUAUCUAGACUGCCUAGUUAGGGCAGAUUGAAGAUCCUCCCAAACCUCCCACAUGCUAAUUGCAGGAGAUGAAAAGCCCUGGGACCUGCUGCUAAAAGCCAGAGCUCUAAACAACUAGUUCAAAAAUUGAUCUCACCCCAGUGAUGGUCUCACUUAACUCCUCAUGACACUCACUUUUGGUAUGAAAUGUGUGACUGGGCUGCUGGCCUAGAUAUUCCCCCUCUGACAUCCUGCCGCUUGUGAUUACCUCAACUUUUAAUAGUGGCUGGGCAGAGAUGGUGUUUAAAUCUGGCUUUGUGAUCCUGGAGCCGAAAUACUAAUGCUCCUCGUGAGACUGGAGGGGUUGUCCCCAAGCUGGACCUUGGAGUUAACGUACACUGGCUGCACUUUAAAAACCUGCUUUCUCCAUUGUGAGUACAGGGAACUGCUCCGAUUGGAGUACUGGGAGAGCUGCUAAUCUCAGUAGGCCAAUUUAAAGCUCCUGAUGCUUUAUUAAUUGAGGUCUGUGUGCAGCACUGAGGCCUGGGUACCAGCCCCAGUUCUAACAGAUUCCCUCUGUAGCCUUGGGCAAAUCAUUUCACCAUGUUGUGCCUCAGUUUCCCCACCUGUAAAAUGGGGGAUGAUCCUGACCUACCUCCCAUGGAAUUUGAGGCUUACUAUUUGUAAAGUGUUCUGAAGACUAACAUUGUGCAAAGACUUGUCACUGUGUAAUGCAGCCCCGCCCCCAGCUUUCAUCGCAGGAAUUGCCUCUUCUAGUCAAAGCACCUGUCUGUUUCAGGCAGCUGUGCCGCUGGAGGAGGCUGAAGCCAUUAUCACAAACUCCCAGGGGACACCAAGCCCAAAACUUCUUUAUGUUGUAAACAGUUGGAGGCAAGAGGUGUUGUUUUUUUUUUGUUUUUUUUCCUCCUAAAAUCAAGAUGGGUGAAACCCGUCCCUUCGUGGCAUGCUGUGACUUGUGACUGAAGAUAACCAGUGUCCUCUUCCUUGAACAGGAAAAUAAAGGGUAAAAGUCCCUGGAGAAACAGCAAUGAGUGUUAAUGAAGCCAGAAAUCUUUGGAGUCCAGGUUCCCUUGCUAAGGCACUGACUCUGACAGCACUCUAGUAGCAUGUUUAAUCAGGUGUACCGAUUCUCAGGGUUUAAGCUGCUCUUUCUACUUCAAUUAAAUCAAUUUUAUGCUUCCUCAUUUCUCAGCUGUUCUGCUGCUGACUUCCACUGCACCUUGGCAUAUGACUUCUUUCAGAUUCCCUGGCUGGAUGGCAAUUCUGCAAGAGAAUUCACCCCUUA